AUGGACACACAUGAGGAGCCAGAGAGGAAGUCUUCCUAUGCUGGUGAGCAGAGGACUCAUACCAUGCUGGUUUUUCUGAGCGAUGUGCCUGAGAGCGAUGGCGGCGGACAUCUUCACUUCCCUCGCCUGGGUCUCCACAUCCAGCCUCACCUGGGUGAUGCGGUGCUUUGGCGAAACCUCACGGAGGAUGGCCAGCCAGACCUGCGAGUCCUCCAUGAAGGCGUUGCACCAAAGAGCUGUGAAAAGCUGGCGAUGAAUGUUUGGGUCGCAGAUCGUCCGUUCUCCCUCAGCGCCAUCCAAGCGUGGCAGGCAAGUUCAUCGAGUGCAAAGCCUGCAGCUUCCCAGUUCUUGGAUUGA